AUGGCUUCCAUCACACUCUUUGAACUUCAUUUGUUCCAUUCCAUUGAUCGUGCCGUCUUUUCAAGGUUGGUCACAACCUUAAAAAUACAAGCAUCUCAAGCCUUGUUGAUCAUGGCCUUGUGGCUUUGGCUAGAGGAUGCAAAACAAUGUGUAAUCAUAAGCAAACUAGUAGAGUUAACCGAUAACCUUCUUGAUGCUGUGGCUAAUGAAGCCGCUUUGUGCAUAAACUGUCUUAAAACUAAAACGCCGACAACUCACGGUGGUAGCCUCCAUCUAAUAUCUAGAAUGAUGGGAAAAGAAAUAACUUUGAAACAUAUUUGUGAUAUGAAAUAUACCGGUAUUAGUUGUGUAAAAGCUUUUUUAAAAGAAGUUUGUGCUUGGAUUUUUACUGACAUUUUAUUCAAAGUUUUACCAAUGUCAUCAAAUUUUAAUAUAAAUAGGCCUCUCUUUAUUCCUGGUUUUCCUCAUCCUAUCUUUGGUUUGCUUGAAAUCAAGAUCAUGCCUUUGAGUAUUAUCGUUCCUGUUAGAGGGUUAAGGGGUUGGGACCUCAAAUUUGAAGCUCCUAUUGACGAUAGGACCCUUUUCCUCACUUUUUCAAGAGGUUUUCCAGUUCCUCAAACCGAAGUACAACAAUUCUUCAUACAAAUGUGUGGAGAAUAUUGUAUAGAGAGCUUUCAGAUGGAACCCAUCAAAGACUCAUUAAAGACACAAUCUUUGUACGCUCGAAUGGCUUUACGUUCUGUUGCAUACAUGGAUCAAAUUAUGCGAGGUAAACACGUUGGUAAAUUUCGUUCUAAAGGUAAGCACAUUUGGGCUAGGAAGUUUGAACGUCGUGAUCCUUGA